AUGUCGCACAAUGCAAAGUUUAGUAGCCUCACAGAUGAGCUGAUACAGUCGAUACUGAAGUUUGACCCGGCAAGCAACAGACAAGCCUACAAACACGCAAAAGACAUCGCGUCACGUGGACUACGGGGGCAUCAGUAUGCACGCACAAAUCAGUUUGAAGUCACAGCUCGUUUCGCAGGCUUAGACGAGAAGUUUCGAAUAAGGAGCCGCGAUGAUUUGGCUGACGCUCUGCAGACGCGACUCCAGAAGCUGGAGGGGCUGACAAGCAAAUUUAAGCCGGACUACCUAUCUUUACUGCUCCUGCUGGCUGAUAGACCACUCGAAAACACCCAAGUCGAGGCUUUGGAGCUACUGAGACCACCUAGCCCCCCACCAGUUCUCACGUGGUCUGAGAUCUUGGAGGCAGAUCCCUAUAGUGACGAGGAAAUUUGGAAGGAUAUUGACGAUGCAGACGACUCAUCGGCCGAUGAGAAGACGCCUAAUAGGCGCGAAAAAACCCCAUCCACUCCUGCGACGAGCGUGGAUGAGGAUGACACGUACGAUCCAGAAGCAUGUAUCAUCGCAGACAAACAUGAGUUUGUCACCGAGCUUAGGAAUCUUCAAUUUUGGAAUAACACAGCCAAUGAAGACGGCGUGAAGAACGAUAUUACCGAACUCCAGAUAAUUAGAGAGACAUUGUUCAUGCUUGCAGGUCUUCGGACAAGUCUCUAUCAAACUGAUGCACAUCAUCACAACAUCCGCAUCAAUACCACUUAUGUUCUUAGCCAUGCCAUGCCCGCUACCACAGAACACCUUUUGUCUCAGUUCACUGAAAUUGGCAAAAAAAUCCUUGGAAUGCGAAAGUGGACAGAGAAGCCGUCGGUGACGCCAUUGAAUCAGACCUUCGAAUCGGCUGUUCGCAAGCGACUCUUGAUCUACGAAAAGGCACUUUCACAACUCCAGCAACGCUAUCUGUUACCCGACAAGCCCAUCUCAGUCAGCUUACUAGAAUUACAUGACGAGAUCCGAUCGAUGUCAACACCAAUCCUCUGUCUUGCACAGAUCGUAUCAGACGUCGAACCGCGCCUGUUAGUCAACCCGUUUAGUCAUCUCGAAGCGUUGUUCGACUAUACCACAUUGGCUCAAGUGAUGCUUGAAAGAGAUGUAUUCAACUACAUGUCUGAAAUUUUCUUCGAAUGCUUGCAGACAUAUCUAAAGCCAAUUAGGCGAUGGAUGGAGGAUGGCGAACUCGGUGUCGAUGACGAAACGUUCUUUGUAUUCGCAAACGACAACAACAGCGAUCCCGCCUCCCUCUGGCAUGACCGAUACAUGCUUCGCCACGACGGACAAGACAAACUUCGAUCGCCCACCUUCCUCCAGCCGGCUGCUAAAAAAAUCUUCAACACCGGCAAGAGUGUCGUCUUCCUUCAGAAGCUUGGCAUACAGGAAACACAUGCGCAAAACUUUAAUAACGAACCACUCUUAGAUCAUCGUACUGUGUGUGGUACCUCGACCGAUGUACCACUUUCACCCUUUCCCGAACUCUUUCAGGCUGCAUUUGAGAAAUGGAUCCGCAGUAAAUAUUCUGUCGCAUCCAACAUCUUGCGCCAACAUAUUUUCGAAGCCGGCGCUCUUAUGCGCACAAUGGUCAACUUCGAGUUUUUGUACUUCGGUAGGGACGGAUCAAUUUUCGAAGACUUCGCCAAUGCAGUGUUUGGGCGCAUGGACGCGGGACGACGGGGAUGGAACGAUCGCUAUGUAUUGACUGGGUUGGCAAGAGGAACAUUUAGCACCGUCAUGCCUACUACGGAUGUCGAAAGAGUUGUCGUGAGAUCAUCAAAGAUCAAAGAGCGAAGCUGCUCUGUCAAAGCACUGGCCGCGAUCUCUAUUGAUUUUGCUCUGCCAUGGUCGAUACAAAAUAUUAUACAGCGGUCUUCUAUUCCCAUCUACCAACAACUCUUCACCUUUAUACUUCAAAUAUAUCGUGUUCAGUACGUGCUUCGCCGCGCGCGUCCCACUCGCCUACAAAUGCUCAACCGUACCCGGUCGCCCCUUGCAUGCAAAAUGCAUCACCGCUUGAUUUGGUUCACGGACAUCCUUCGCUCUUACCUCGCUGAAACCGUCAUCUUCUUCACCAGACGCGACAUGAAUACCGCCAUGGACAAAUCAGAAGACAUCGACGAGAUGUCACAGAUCCAUAUCAUCUUCGUUGCUAGAUUGCAGGAGCGUGCGUUGCUGUCAAAGGCAGUGAAGGCUAUACAUAAAGCAGUGAUGGACACGUUGGAACUAGGCAUGCUUUUUGCAUCAGCUGUUAAGGAAGAUAUUACGACAGACAAGACUGAUGCCAAGACGAAAGGCAAACCCCGAAAGCUUGAACGGCGGAAGAGUGCGAUUCCUAUUCGCCUCGUAGAAGAUGACUCGGAUUCGGAUGCUGGUAAAGACGGGGACGAACUAGGCACACCGAGAAAGGAAAAAUCACGCGAAAAACUCAGUCCAGUGGAGAUGCUGGAGAAGAUUGAUGGGGACUUUGCGAGACUGCUUCCCUUUAUCACAGCGGGACUCAGAAGUGUGGGGAGAGUUGGCGCAGAGCCGAUGUGGGAACAGCUUGCUGAGCGGUUGGAGUGGGAAGGCAAAAAUGACGGGCUUUGA